GCCGCAUAGUUUGGCGCCUGGACAAUGUGGGCUGAGUUUGAGUUUUAAAGCAUUUUUUUCGGGUAGCUUUAUGUAAAUUAAGUUGUAAUUUUCUAACGUGUACUAAUCGAACUGGAGAGGUUUUUUUUAUGCUUAUAUAAAAUAUAUAUAUAUAUUAUUACAGCUCUACAGUUAGCACGGGGUAGUUAGCCGCUACAGGGCUCCAUGCUAAAAAAGAAAGAACACAACCAAUGCAAGCAAUGACGCCGCAAAAAGAAGGCACGACCUCCCUUAUUGACAAGACCAUAAGGAUGAGGAGAGAGGAACAGGAACGUCAGGUUCUCCUGGCCUGGGCAGUACUCAACUUCUCUCUGGCUGGAAUGAUUUACACAGAAAUGUCAGGAAAGCUGCUCAGUAGAUACUAUAACAUAACUUACUGGCCAAUCUGGUACAUUGAGCUAGCCCUGGCCUCUCUGUUCAGCCUGAAUGCUGUCUUUGAUUUUUGGAAGUACUUUAAGUACACUAUGGCACCUUCAAGCAUCGCCCUCUCUCCUAAGCAACAUCGACUUCUUGGCCUCCACAACACUGGUAUUCAGGCAUCUCCACCCCAAAAGCCAGAGAAGAAAGAGUCUCCGGUGGCUUCCCAGUCAUCUCCUCUACAGGGACAAAACGUGCUCAGUUUCAGCCCUGCCCGGCCCCCCAGUACCAGUCCAAAGUUCUCCCCCAGCUGUGUGUCUGCAUACAGCCCACCUCUGAGCAGCCCCUCUUCACCAGGCAGUGGCAGAAACUUUUCCCCUUCUGUGGCAUAUGGCAAGGUACUGAACUACAGUCCAUCCACCAGCUCCUCUUCUUACCCCAGCAGCCUGGGUCCAGCAGAAAGCACCAGCCUAAGAACACGCUAUCGUACUUCCCCUUCUGUCUUUAGUUCUCCUGGAGGGAAGGAGGAUUACAUGGAUGACCUUAAGUCUUUAGAGAAAUUUCUUCGCUCUGAGGAAGAGAGAAACCAUCGCAGCCACCUGGGGAGUCCAGAGUCAACUUCUCCCUCACAUAGUCCAACCUUCUGGAACUACAACCGCUCUGUGGGUGAUUACGCUCAGAGCCUGAGGAAGUUCCAGUACCAACCAGCUUGUCGCUCACAGGCUCCCUCUGCCCACAAAGACGAAACUGAGCUGGGAUCCAAACAAGCUGCUGAGGAGGUCUGGGCACGGAUCACAACCAGUCGUGUGGUUACUGACAGCAUUGACAGCUGGACUGCCAAACUAAGAAACUGGAUAAACGACACCAUCCUGGUUCAUCUGGUUAAAGAAAUGGAUUCUAUCAACAGUCAGCUCAGGAGAAUGGGCUGCCCGGAGUUACAGAUAGGAGAGGCCAGUAUUGGCAAUCUGAAACAGGCAGCUGUAGCCAAAGCCUCCGCCAUUCCCACCCUUAACACUAUAGUGCAGUACCUGGACAUCACAUCCAACCAGGAGUAUUUGGUAGAAAGAAUCAAGGAGCUGGCCCACAGCGGCUGCAUGAGCUCCUUUCGCUGGAAUAAUGGAGGGAACUUGAAGAAUCGGAAAUGGGACACAGACCUCCCGACUGAUUCUGCUGUCCUCAUGAAUAUUCUGUGCACCUAUCUGGACUCAAGACUUCCUCCUCACCCGAAGUACCCAGAUGGGAAAACCUUCACGUCUCAGCAUUUCAUUCAGACUCCAAACAAACCAGAUCUUUCCAAUGAGAACCUCUUCUGCAUUCACCAGAGCAGCAUCAACCCACCUCACUAUCAGCUUGUGUAUCAAGGCCAUGUCUACAGCCUGCCUAAGGGCAGAAACAAUUUGUUUCAUACAAUCCUCAUGUUCCUGUACAUAAUCAAAACCAAGGAGUCUGGGAUGCUAGGGAGAGUUAACCUGGGGCUCUCGGGGGUCAACAUCCUUUGGAUAUUUGGAGAGUAAUACUGUUUAAACCAUGUUAUAACUGACUAAGGACAUCACCCAAUGCUCACACAGUCAUAUUGUAAAUAUAACAGCUUUGUAGAUAUUUGGUCGGGAAAGGCAGACACUGAUCUGUUCGGCUUUCUACACAAAAUGUAAAUGGAAAAAACUAUUUGUAUUUUGUCAUUGUACAUAAUCUGCCUAUGUUGUUAUGGUUUUGAUAUAAAGCUGUAGAAUUUUUCAGGAUUGAAUGUGUGAAAUUGGAGUAUUUUUAUAUCCAAGUUGUUUACUGGAGCUUUAGUGAUGAGACAUUGUUAUAGGUAUAAACAGAUGUUAUAUCUGCUUUAUUUUUCUCUACCAUUCUGUACAUUCUAUCGUCCUCAUUGUUAAAAAAUUAUCUAGCUAACAGGACCCAAAUGUCAUUGGUUAGGAAGAGGUUUGUUGGAGUAAAUGUUCUAUUUACAGAAAAUAGGACUGAUUACAAGUCAUGUUCUGCUGUGAGAAAACAUUUCAGUACCAAACCCAAAAUCAUGUACGAUUUUUAUGAUUUUUUUAUCAGUCUCCGUCAUCACACUCGCACAACAGAAAGAAGCAUUUACUCCCCAAUGUGGGCCAAUUAAGAUUUGAUCAUUUUAACAGAGAUUACCAGUAGCUGUAAUUUUCCCUACAGGAAAAAUGUACGGAGGGGGCAAUUACUGUAAUCGACCCCAAGAUCAGUUGUUUUUUUAAAUGAUGCAUGACGUUAAAUUGCUCUUUUGCAUGACCUGAUGUACUAUCAUACUGCACAGGCCAUGUUAUAAACCUUGUAGCUAUUUAUUGUUUCCUUUGCAAUUUUUUUAAUGAUUGAUUUUCAGCAAAUAACCAGUGUAAACACUCUCAUCAUCUGCCAAAAAGACUUCUUCAAUUCAUUUCUUUGGCUUGUGUUUUGUUUGCCAUUUUUAUAUGCAAUAAAUGAAUUAAACCUUCUUUA